UAUCACACAACCAUCCGCAAUACCCCGACCGCCGCAGUGACCCUCGACGUCCCGUACUAACACGACACCGUCCCGUAAACCACGCGGAGACUUCGGAGGCAAAAUGAUGUUCCUAGCAACUUUCACGGUAAUUAUUGGACUAAGUCUGGCACAGACUCCAGAACCGUGUGACAAGGAUGCCUGCCUUCUUCCGAAUUGCCGUUGUUUCUCUGAUACGGAUAUUCCAGGUGCGCUAACGCCACAGGAAACUCCACAAAUCGUGACCAUCUCAAUGGACUACACCCUGAACACGGAGUACGCGCCCCUCUAUGAGCAGAUCUUUGUUGUCAACAACCCGAACGGAUGUCCCAUCACGGGCACAUUUUACAUCCAGGACCUCAACACUAACUACGACUCCGUGAAGGCUUUCUAUGAAAAGAAAUUUGAGAUUGGAGUUAGUUCCUUUAACGGAACACUGCCGACAACAUCCACGGGAUGGAUUGACUUGAUGAAAGGAGUCAAAGCUAAGAUCGUGGGUGCAAGUAUCGACGAGAAACAGGUUUUUGGUUACCGUGCCCCUCAGCUGGCCCCGGGAGGAGAUGAUAUGUUUAUAGGUAUCGCCGACCAACAGUUUCUGUACGACUCCAGUUGUGGCACGUCGGAGUACGCCACGCAGUCGACGCUAAAGUGGCCUUUCACUUACGACUACGAUUACGGAUCAUUCACGUGCAAUGGCGGCCAGGCGGUUAACUUGAAAUUUCCAGGUCGCUGGCAGGUCUUAAUUCCUGAGUUGGAAUUCAAUGAUGAGAAAUGUGCAACUCCCCAGGGAUGUCCGAAUAUCGAGACGAAGAAAGAUGCUUUCGAUAUUCUCUACAACAACUUUGUCAAACACUACGACGGAAACCGGGCCCCUUACACAGUAGUUGUGGACCCCGUAUGGAUGAAGAUUGACUACAAACGAGAGGGUCUCAUACAGUUCGUCGAGUACGUUCGGGCAGCUUUUGAUGAUGUGUGGGUCGUCAACCAGAUACAGGCUCUCCAAUGGGUACAAAAUCCUACUCCUGUCGCCAAUCUUACAGAUUUCGAACCAUGGAAGUGUACCUAAAUCUCGCUCUCUUCCCGAACAGUCUCGUUCUGACAGGAAACAUCGGUAUACGCUAUGACUGACUGUUUGGACUCUUUGUAUUUUUUUGGGAAAAUAAAAGCAAAUUAAAUGUUUCACCUCUA